GACUCAAUGAUCUGUUGAUUAUUUUGGCGUGCUCCGGCUCAGACGCUGCGAAUUGCGACAGCAGCAAGAUAAAAUAAUGGAAGUUAUCCACGAAUAAAUAAAUAAGUAGGAGCAUUGAUUUUUUUUUUUUUUUUCUUGGAAAAAAGAGAAAAUCUCUUCUGGGCUUUGGAUUGGUAGAUCGCGAGAUGGAAGAAGAAAGAGGGGAAGAGAGAGCGAAAGCCACGGCUUUGAUCGAGAAGGCAACCAACUCAACGGCGCGCGAGCUGGAUCCUCGCUUACUUAAAGCAAUAAAGUCGGUGGUCCGGUAUUCUGAUUCUGAGCUCCGACUCGCUACCCAAACCCUAAUGGACCUUAUGAAACGGGACCACUCUCAGGUUCGGUAUCUCACACUUCUCAUAAUCGAUGAACUUUUCAUGAGAUCAAAGCUCUUCAGAACCCUUCUAGUUGAGAACCUGGAUCAACUAUUAAGUUUAAGUGUUGGAUUUAGAAGAAAUCUGCCUCUUCCUGCUCCACCUGCUGUUGCGACCCUUUUACGUUCAAAGGCUAUUGAGUUCUUGGAGAAGUGGAAUGCCUCAUUUGGGAUUUAUUACAGGCAGCUUAGAUUAGGUGUUGACUAUCUUAAGAACACGCUUCGUUACCAAUUUCCCAAUCUGCAGGCAAACGCUGCUCGAGUUCAACAAGAGAGGAGGGAAAGGGAGAUGAGGACCAAAGAGAUUUUACAGAAAAAAUGUGAACUGCUAAAGGGAAAAUCUUUCUUCGAUAAAGGAGAGAUACAGUCAACAAUAGAUGAGAUUGCAGUGUGUUUGGAUAUUGUAAAGAGUAAAGAGGAGAGCUUGCCAAUUGUUCCCUUAGAUGAUGAUGAUAAUUUUGAGGAUUUCGUUCUUCUGCUUUAACGCAAUUCGUCUUGAUCACUAAAAGAGGCAGAGAAGGUUCGAGAGAACAGUGAAAAUAAAGUGGUUUUUGAUGCACUGAGGGAGCAGUACAAGCUUUUGGUGACAAAGCAGUUGGUUUCAGUUCAGGAAUGGAUCUCAGUUCUGAUUAGGGUUGAAUUAUCAGACAACAGAUUCAGAGAUUCCACACUGAAGGACUUCAUUGAUAUCAGAAACAAUAUCCUGGCAGUAAAGAAGAAGUGUGAAGAAUCAGGCUGUUCUCUUGCAGCUAUAAACCAGGGUAAAGAAGAUGCAGAAGAAGACUUCUGGGAGGAGAGUAAGAUUGGAUCAACAAGUGAUGGGGUUUCUAGCACACCUGAUCAGCAUCAAAUAGAUUUUUCUGUGGCACCAACUUCUAAUGAGCCAAAAGAUAGAACUCCGAGCUGCAGCACUUCUAGGUCCAAUGAGUCUGUUGGUAGACGAGGCAGGAGAACUGAUUCGAACUCAGUCAGGGGAAAGCUUUUGGCUGAAGCUCCUGUAUUGAGUUGGAGCUCUCACCUAGAAAAUUGGGGUUCAAACAGGGAGGUUUUGGCUAAUCAGAGAGGCUUGGAGCUCGAAAGUCACUGGGGUAGGGUGGAUCAGGAUGCUGUUAUUCCUGCUGAUAAAAUUGCAGAGCUGAAUCUCCACACAACCCUUUAUCAAGAAGAGAAAGUAGAAAUUCAACCGUGCCGUGCUCCUCUGAGAAAAGGUGGACUUUGUCAGAGAAAAGAUUUAAAAGUAUGUCCAUUUCAUGGGCCCAUAGUAACUCGGGAUGAGAAGGGAAAACCCAUAAAUCAGAAUCCAUCAGUAGAUGCGACUCCUUUAGAUUUUGGAUCGGAUUUAGCAGAGCAAUUAGUGAAACAAGCUGUAAAGAAUGUUAGGGACAGCGAUAAAGAGAAGAUGAGGAAAAGGGUAACUGAUGCACAAUCACUUAAGCGUGCAAAGCUUGCAAGAAUCAGGGAACACAAUGAUGCAGUUCUUUGCGAUGCUGCAUUGGCUUCAACUUCAAGAUCUGCAGUUAUAGAUGAUUUGGAGAUAGUAAGUGGAGAGAAACCGGGGGCUAGAAACAAGAAUGUAACUCUUGCAUCCAUGCUGCGUAAGAAAGUGACAGCAAAAGAUAGGCUCGCUCAAAGACUCUUAAAUACUCGCGUGAGAGAUGCAACAACUAGGCAGCUGACACAAGAUGAGCAUACAAAAUAUAGAGAAGCCUUCCCCAAUCAAUGGUAAAUGGUUGUUCCCCAGUCCAGGUAGAAGUUUUGCAAGUGUUGAUUAAGCACCAAGACAUGAUAUGCUGGCCUGUUGAUCAGCACUAUCAGUUGUAUCAAACGCAAGAAAAGGGCUCCCUUCAUCUGUAAAUUACUGUAGUAAUCUAAAGGUCUUGUACAGUACGUUGUUUCUCUGAACUGACUACAGGAGAGCAAGCUCGGUUGCGUUUUAAUUAUAGGGUAAAUAUUUUUUUUUUCCUUAUCUGAUUUUUUGGUCAGGUUAUAAUUGAAGGAUAUUAGAUAUGGUUUCAAAUUUUAAUGCUCGAAA